GCCUCUAGCCAGCUGUCCGAAUGAAUGAGGCGGAGGAUCUCCAUCAUUGCUUCUCAGUGAUAUAACAGCAAGGAUAUUCAUUUCACUAACAGUAUCUUUAGAUAUCACAAUGCAGACCCUCACACCCCACGUGUAUUGGGCACAGCGGCAUGGAGACAUCUACCUGCGUGUGGAGCUGAGUGACGCUAAGAAUCUUGAUAUCUGCGUGCAAAACAACACCCUGCAAUUCAAAGCUCAGGGUCAUGGAGCUAAAGGAGACAAUGACUAUGAGUUCAGUCUGGACUUCCUGGAACCAGUAAAACCUGAGGUUAGUCACAGGUCGACCCAGCGCCUGGUAAAUGUGACAGUGAGGAAGCAAGAGCAGCGUUGGUGGGAUAGACUCACUCUGCAGGAGAGGAAACCUCUCUUCCUGACGCCAGACUUCGACCGUUGGCUCGACGAAUCAGACGCGGAGAUGGAGCUUCAGGCUAAGGAAGAGGAGAAGAUAAACAAGGUCAGCAUCGAGUCAAGAAUCCAUAAAGACCCCUACCUGGGUCUAAAGAAGGGCUAUCUGUUCAUGUACAACCUGGUCCAGUUCCUGGGCUUCUCCUGGAUCUUUGUCAACAUGACCGUCCGUCUCUUCAUCCUGGGACAAGACUCGUUCUAUGACACGUUCCACACCAUUGCUGACAUGAUGUACUUCUGUCAGAUGAUGGCCGUAGCAGAGGUCAUGAACCCUCUAGUGGGUCUGGUCAAGACAGGGGUGUUCCCAGCUAUGAUCCAGGUGGUGGGUAGGAACGUAAUCCUGUUUGUGAUCUUCGGUAGUCUGGAGGAGAUGCAGAACAAAGCAGUGGUCUUCUUCGUCUUCUACCUCUGGAGCACCAUAGAGAUCUUCAGGUGA